GGAUGUUGCAGGGUUCGAUUCCUCUUUUCGUCGUCUGCUCCUCACCUGCCGCCUUCAUCUUGCUCCGAGACCACACCUGGCUCCCUUGGAGAGGUUUUCUGUUCCAAUCUUCUCGGUACAAGGGGGAAGAGGGGAGCUUGGAGUGGAUUGGUUCUGGCAGUGUUAUUCGGCCUUGUCAUGGGCUUUGGGGGUCAUGGAGGUACGCUGGAUGAUUGUACUUGAGAUAGAAUUUCUGAGGGAGGCAGUGGCAUGGACUCGGAACGGAGGCGAGCAGAGGCGCAGAGCUUGUUUUGACGUCUUGUUUUCUUGCCUAAAUCCGGUGAAGUAGCAUCUACGGCGUGAAGGAGAGUGGAAAAGGAGUGAUUUUGUAGAUGGAUUCCUCGUGUUCGGCGUCUCAGCUGCUCUUUGUCUGUUGGUAGGAUUUACUGUGAGGAACAAUUGAUGCUGGAUCUUCUUAAUUUCGCGAAGAGAUGGAAUCUGGGAAUGGAUUCUUUCCUCUCGAGGAGUGCCGCCUAGAUCCGCAGUGGCUCAUCGAUCCCAAGUUGCUUUUCGUCGGGCCCAAGAUCGGGGAAGGCGCUCACGCGAAGGUGUACGAGGGAAAGUACAAGAACCAAAAUGUGGCUGUCAAGGUCAUGCACAAAGAGGACAACCCCGAGGAAGUGACGAAGAGGGAGGGGAGGUUCAUGAGGGAGGUGACUUUGCUCGCCCGUGUUCAGCACAAAAACCUUGUGAAGUUUAUUGGAGCUUGCAAGGAGCCUCGGAUGGUGGUAGUAACUGAGCUUCUUCUUGGAGGAUCCCUGCGCAAGUACCUGAUAAACAUGAGGCCUAGGAAACUGGAGCCUCUUGUUGCAGUUAGUUUUGCGUUGGAUGUAGCACGAGCUAUGGAGUGCUUACAUUCUCAUGGGAUUAUUCAUCGUGAUCUGAAGCCUGAUAACUUGCUAUUGAGCGCAGAUCAGAGGACAGUCAAACUUGUUGAUCUUGGUUUGGCAAGAGAAGAAACAUUAACGGAGAUGAUGACUGCUGAGACAGGAACAUAUCGUUGGAUGGCCCCUGAGUUAUACAGCACUGUUACUUUAAGGCAUGGGGAGAAGAAGCAUUACAACCACAAGGUGGAUGUAUACAGCUUUGCAAUUGUGCUGUGGGAGCUACUUCACAAUCGGCUUCCUUUCGAAGGCAUGUCCAACCUGCAAGCAUCCUAUGCAGCUGCUGUCAAGAACUUCAGGCCAAGUGCAGAUGAGCUUCCAGAGGAGCUGGCUCUGAUCUUAACCUCUUGUUGGCACGAGGACCCAAAUUCACGACCCAAUUUUACUCAGAUAGUUCAGAUGCUUCUACAGUAUCUUUCCACUCUUUCGCCUCCCGAGCAUGUUGUUCCAUUGCAUGCCUUCAGUUCAGAAAAUAUGGUUUUACCACCUGAAUCACCCGGCACUAGUUCUUUGAUGGCAGCACGAGAUGAAAUAGGCGAUACUACGAAGGCCACCAGGGAUAGCAAAGGAUUUUUCUGCUUUGGCCAGUGUUUUUAGUCGCCUGCUACUUUAGGCUCUCCAAAAUGAUUAGUAAAUUCUCAGACAUCCAAUGCUAACCCUACUAUUUGCUGGUUCCUACAUGUAUGUUAGGAAUGAAACAAUAUCUUGCCUUCACCUUGUUUGUAAUUACUUCCACAUUUGGGUUAAAUUACCUGGAAAAAAUACUGGUAGAAUGUCUGAGCUUCUUGAAAUUCAGAGAUCAGAAUUAUUGGGUUAAAUAAAUGUGAAGAUGCCAAGUGCAAUUAUUUUGGACUUAUUGCAGUUGUAGACUUUCAUUCAUUCUUUAAUCUCUCAGUCGAAUGAACUACAACAGAUUCUUUCCCAAGCAAUGCCAGCUGCAAAAGGAAAACAUAGUAAAGAUUUGAUGGAUCAUCAAUCGUUCCAAGUCAUUUAAGGGCACCAGCCCUCUUUCUGCAAGACCACCGUUGCUCCUCUCACUUUCCUCCCUCCCUUUUUGCCAAGGGAAAAGUCCAUUCACCGUGCAUGCGCGACCUUUAAUAAUAGUAGCUUUCCAUCUCAAUGCGUACAGAAGUGCUAGGAGAACGCAGUGGAAUGUGCACUAAGAUAAAGCUAGCCAGCCGAGGACAAUAUUACUCGUCUCUCUUUGUUGUUUUCUUCUUAUCUAUCCUUUCACCUCCUCUUCACUUCUACUUGGCUCACAAAAUUUUAUCUUUCCUUCUUUUACCAGCUGAGAGUGAUGGCAGCUUGUGGAGGCUCCCUUGUGUUCCUCUCCCCAGGAGUUCACCGGAAGUGUCGACGUCAAUCCUGUGCUCGGUCGAGAUGGCGGUUUGCUGGCCUAACAUCUUGUUGAGGAUUACUGGUGCGAUGAUGACGGGGAAUCAAGCUUGCUGGUCCGACGAUCUUUGCUAUUCAGUCAGGCUUAUUUCUGUAAUAUUCAGUCAGUGAGUUGAAUAUAUAUUGCAGAAACUUGUCCUGCAUGGUGGCUAGUGAUACUGAGAGAUAGGAAUUAAUGGAGAAUUUUUGUGGUGGUUGAAUCAUUGAAUCAUCCAUGGGUUGUAACAUGAAAAACACUGUACUUUUAUGGAUUCAAUAUAUUUGACCCCGAUCGUUUUGUUCUUCUUCUA